UAGGAAAAGUGCAGGGGCAGAAAGCAAACUGCCUUCACAGCCAAGUUCCUCUGCUGGACCCUCAGCUUGGCCACAUGCAGCCUGGUGACCCAGGACAAAUCCUGUCACUGCAGCCUCUUCGUCUGUGCAACGCGGUCAGGGUCAGCCAGCCAGCUGUGACACUGGUUUGUUUUCAGGAUCAAAAGACUCUGUGUGGGAAGUUCUACAUCACUGGGCAUGCUGGCCACAUGGAGGCUCUGCAGACGGUGUUUAGAGGAUGGAUGAGCCUCGGAAGGCCAGGCCCCCAGGAUGUAGGGAAUGAGAACGUCCCCCAAAUGGUGAACAGAGCUGUGAGCAGCCCCUGCCCAGGAUGUGGAGCCAGCUGGGAUAACCAUCUGCGGGUCUGCUUCACCCAGAAUCGAUCCCAACGGUGGAGGCUUGUUGCUCUGAGGUUUAAAGCCCUUCACAGAGCUCUCCGCUUCCUGAACGACCUGGUGAAUAGUUCUUGCUGUUACGGCCCAGGAUCCCAGAGCAGCCAGACAGGCCUGAGUGAUGUGGGAGCCUGGGGCGGACGCCCCCUGCAGGGAUCAGCCUGUCGACGUGGAGGUGCUCAUUUCAGCCCACCACAACACUGCUCUGCGUGGGCUGUUGCCUGCUGUGUUCAGCGCCAACCUCUCAGCGCUCCCCAAACCACAAGGGCUAGAAGCCUGAAAACUGUGUCUCUCAGACUCCCCCCUGCCAGCAGGGUUCCAGUUUAGAUCCUGCCUUUGGAAGGCUUUUGCCUGAGAGCAGGAGGCAGAGAGGGAAACUGUUUCUCUGGCUCCAGACUGGGAGGCAGCCGUGGGUCUGACCCUCCUGCGGAGGCAGAGCUAGCAGCAGCGGAAGCCUGCAGGGCGGCGGCUGGCUCCUGCCAGCCUGAGAAGGGCAGCGGGGCUGUUGGAGUCCUGCGUGCUCAGAGACAAGUAGGUUCCUACCGGGUUACGGUGGCUGACUGCAGAGCGGGAUCUCUGGGUAGCAGCACCGUUCCCAUCCAUAGUUUUGCUCCUUCCCUUCCAACAACUAGGAAACUUCACUCCCUAUAUUAAAUUUCACUGUGUUUGAAAUACCUAUAGUGACUUUCAUUUUCCCAACUGAAUCCCUGACCAGUCCAUCAGUCCUCUGAGGUGCAGGGGCCGAGGGGUACAGAGCAUUAGGGGGCUCAGAGGGCCAUCUUUACCAGGAAAUAUGACCUUAUAUUUCCCAUUAGAGAUAACCCUUAUAAUGAAAAUACACCAUGUCUGCUAAGUCACUUUAGUUGUGUCUGACUCUUUGUGACCUCCUGAACUAUAGUCCACCAAGCCUCU